AUGGUUAGAUCCUUCUUUCAAAAACUCUUUAGAACAGAAUCUUCCUCGACAGCUUCCAAUGUAACGCUGACAUCAGCUCUUGGCCUGCCACCUGUCGAAGAAGAACCAAGACGUGCAACAAUUAGUGCAUCUACAUCAAAUCUGGAUACUUCCUCACCUAACAAACGUAAAAGAACAGCUCUAGCUGAUGAUACUUUGCAUGACAUGUUAGAAUCAUAUUCACCAAACUCACAAAAGAGAGCCACUACACCUGACAGAUCAAAACAAUUGAAAUUAACACCACCUUCACAGAAAGGUAGUGUUGCUACACCUAUAUCUGAUAAGACACCAGUUAAAGGAUUACAUGCCAGAAGUCAAUCAUUAAUCAUGACACCUAAAUCUGACAUGAGCUCUCCAAGAUUACCUUCUUCACCAUUAACAAGUAACAAGACAAUCUCUUCCAGUUUUGAUGUUUUCCCACAAGUAUACAAAGGUUUGGAACCUUUUUGUAUAGAAAAUUCACUUCCAAAAUUGGGAAAAAAAUUCAAUGAAAUGAUUUACAAACAAACUGAGAGUUGGGUUUCGAAUACUAAUGAUGAUGCUCAAUUGAAAGAAGCAUCUUCUAAUAUGAAAUUUACUAGAGAUUUGUUAAGAAUGUCACAUAGUAUGACAAUUGAUGCUUUUGAACCUGUCAGACAACAAUCUGUCAGAAAUAAUAAUCCAACAAGUGGAAAAUUUAAAACUAUUCAUAAUUUUGCAACUAUUGAGGAUCCUACUCUAAGAAUGAUUGAUAUCAUUAACACUGUUCAUGACAUGUUUGAAAUGACAACUGGCAUUGCCAAACCUUCCCAUUUAGGUAAAUUCUGCACACUUGCUUGUUAUCAAGAUUUGACCAAUACAUUCACCUCUUGCAACGUUCAACCUGAAGAUUUGGUAAAUGUUUUCAGAACUUUGUGCGUUAAGAGAAAUGAAAAUUCAAUUCCACAUCCAAUGCUCAAGGUUUUGUCACUUGUCGAUCAAUCCAUUGUGGUUGGUACACUUGGACAAGUUGCUCAAUGUAUCAUGACUUUGAAAAAUUCUAUUCAACAAUUGCCUAAUAAGGAGUCCACAAUUACAAUUGACCAAUUUAAGGAUAUCAGAGGAACUUGGAAAGUUUCAUUCCGUGACUAUGGACCAACCUCUAGUAAUGGUGGUGGCUUAAGCGUUGUCCAUCAACGUAGUGAUUGUAUGCUCACAAAGAAUAAUCCAAAACUCUUCCCUGCAUCUGUGUCCACACCUUCCAAAAAUGGCAUUCCUCAACCAAGACAAGAAUUUGUUGAAUUGUUCCAUAUUACAUGGCAAGUAGAACUCUUCAUGGAUUCGAGAGAAACUCCAAAAUACAUCAAGGCAAUUGAAGUUUCCUUGAAGGAAAUUGAUUGGACUUGUUCAGGAAGUCGAUCAUUGGAGAAUUCAGUUUUUUCAUUCUUGACUCCAGAGCAAAGAUUUGAAGCUGAGAGAAUUUGUAGAUUAUUCUUCUCUGUGAAGAAUGAAAUGAAACGUGCUACUGGUGGUAUUAUUGAAGAUUCAAGUCGUUUCACUCAACCUGUAAAAGUCAGAGUUGAUAAUAUUCAACCUUACAUUCCACCAGUUGCUUUGACAAGUAGUACUAGCUCUGCAAAUUUAAUGUCACCACGUAGAGGUUCUGUUGCUCAUGAUCGUUCAGUGAGUAAUGAUGAAAACAUGUUGAGUCCAAGAAAAAGAGCUACCGAUUCCAUUCGAUUGGGUUAUAAUUGGUUCACUAAAUUAUUCUCAUCCAAUUCAAAUUCUAUUGAGGAUGUUUUGGCUGAAUAUGUUCAUCCAGCCAGUGCAAGUACCAGUAAUUCUCUGAGUAAGUAA